AUUAUUUACUGUUGUGUUACCUACAUAAGUUGCCCCUUUAAGCUCCUUAGCUCCCUCGCCAUUGUUUCCUGUCCUCACACUCACAGUUCCUCGGCCUGCUCUGUCAAUUCCCUGUCUCUCUCAUCAUUCCUCUGUCCCCAGCAUGGGAUCGAUCUCCUCAAAAAUCGAGUACCUCGGCCUUCGUUGAGCUUUUCCAUUACUCGGGAGGCCGAAUUGGUUACUUUGAGAGAAAAAUUAAUUCGAGAGCGUCGAAUGUGCGGAGAAGAAGGUGGGGCAUGGAGCUAUCUCCAGCUGUGGCACCAUUGAAUUCCCAAGGAGAAGAGCAUUGGGGGCAUUUCGACAACUCUGUGAGUGCUGUUUCUUUUGGGUUCGUCGCCACGGCCAUUCUCGUUUCGUUGUUUCUUCUUCUGGCUAUCUUCGAGAGGUUUCUUCGGCAAACAUCAGCAGCUGAAUCUGCUGCUCCAGUUCCAACGGAUCUUGAAGACCAAAUGUUGUUUCAUACAAAACUCCUGCUUCCAUCUCCCAAGAUAUCAAAGGAUGAGAGAGGCGUAUUUGUGUUGAUGCCUGGGGAGCGAAUUCCUAGAUUCAUUGCACAUCCUGCUGCCGCACCAUGUCCCCCAGAGCCCAUCACAUUAUUGAAUGACGCUCUCUAAGUAAUUAACAAUUACUCUUCCUUUCUGGACUGGCAUCUCUGGUCUCACAGGUGACCCUUUUAAAGUGUAAUGCCUACUAUAAUGCUGGUAUAAGCAGAAGCAAUGACUCCUUUCUGUCUACUGCAGACUGUAGGCAGUGAGGCACAUAUCAUUUGCUAGUGGGUAAACUGAAGCCUCUGGUCUUAUCAGACCCGUCUGUUAUGGUUCAUCGUUUUGAUCUUCGAUGCACACCUCUUGUGGAUGAAUUCAAUCGCGCAUUGACCCCUUUCUUUUCUUUCCCCUCUACACAAUGGCUGAAGGAACCCUGUUUGUCAGAGUGGAUCAACUUCAUACCAUAACUGUCAUCAUGCAAAAGCAUAUUGUGGAUUACUGUCAAUUGAACUCAAGUUAUAAAUUUCAUUACAUAUUUCGGGGAGGCGGACUUUAGAUAAA